CCUCUCAUCAAUGUUGUUCACCGGAUCUUCACCGUCGGAUCGAAAAUCAUCGCCGGCGAAUCCAUAUUCCGGUGAAAAAUCUGUCGGAGUUUCAGCAGCAGCUCCGGUGAUGGAUCAAUGGAGCAUCAAAACACCGGAGAAACCGAUCCCAAAUCGCAUCGCGCGGUCAUUAUUCUCCUUGAAAGACGUCAGAGAAGCAGCUCAGAAGCUCCGGAAACCCGAUCCGAACCGACGAGAGCUUUCUGAUCCGUUAUUAAGCUUCGAUGAACUGAAAUCUCCAUCGGUAGCUGAAUCGUCGGGUUCUGAACGGAAGAAGCAUGUAAAUUCGGUAAAGCUACCGGAAAAGUAUGAAAUGUUGGAAAAGUUCUUCAAUAGCAUGGAUAGUUCAAUUCGGCUGCUGCAUUUGAAGGGAUCUGCCACAAGUUUCACUAAUAUUAGUGCGAAAAUAGAGAUUUUGACUGAUAAGAGGUUUACGUAUAGCCAUUUAGCUCAGCUGAAGUUUAUCUUACCUGAAGCCAUUGAGAUAAAGAAGAUCCUCAAGCACGAUGACCACAGUUGUUGCAUGAAGCCGGAUCUUUAUAUCACUUUAAAUGCAAAUGCAGUUGAUAGUAGUGAGAAGUGGAAAGCUAACAGUAGCAGUGUUCUAUUGAGGAAAGUAUUCCGCUCUCGGCUUUUGGAUUUCUUCAAGUCACACCCUGAGGGUGAUGACAUUCCUAAGGAAAUGCUGCCAGGGCCAUUCGCUCAGUCUAAGCAAGCAGUGAACGACUCAUCUAGACCUUCUGGCUCAUCCUUAACCACCGAGGCACCUAUUGGCGCAUUUCCACUGCAGUCGGUAGCUGCAUCACACCUGUCUGAAUCUUUUAGGAGAUGCUUUUCAAAUCGAACAUCUAUUACCGGUGGAACGGAUGCCAAGGAAGAAAAUAGCGUUCGCCUCGUGCCUAUUUAUCCAGCUUCCAUACCCCUUAAAGUCAUAAGUUCCACUGCGAAGAAAACAGUAGCAUGUGCUGAUGCUCCUAAGUUAUCUCUAAAACAAUCUAGUUGCAUGAAUUGCUCAGCAGGAGGGAUUGUUUUGGCUAGUUCACCAUGUCAUACACCUGAUCUUCCUAUGGUUGAAGCCAAAAAGGGAGAAGAUGGUUCCACGGCUGCUCCAGCAACCCCUAUGUUCAAACCUCCUAGGAGAUGUUACAUGAGUCCAGAUGAUGAUCCAGCUGAAUCACCAAAAAAAUUAGCUAGACGCCCUUUGACUAGAAGGUCGUUGUUCUUUGACACUCCUGUGAAGAGUGCAAAAGCUGCUGAUAAAGUCAGUGAGAGUGGAAGUUUUUCAACUGAUGAUGAUAUUCUUGACAUUCUUCCUGAGAAUCUUCUGCAAUCGAUAGGAGAAAAGGAGAGUGAAGCACUAGCGGAGCAAAAUCCAGCCAUAUCCCAGGCAAAAAGGCGCAAACAGAUGAUUGCUUGUUUGCCUCGCCUCUUUGACAUGAUUUAUUUCCUAUUUCAAUCUAUUAAACGUUCUGUCAUGAUGAAAGAGGAGCUCAUGCAAAGAGUAAUUUCAAGCCAUUUAGAGAUUACUGAUAAAAGUGAAGUUGAACAGCAACUCAUAUUACUGCAAGAACUGGCUCCCGAUUGGAUUUAUGAAAAACCAUCAUCUAGUGGAACUCUCCUCUUACUUGUUAACAAGAUAUCAAAUCCUGGCACAAUUCGUUCAAGACUAGCAGAAGCCAAUUGAGAUGAGCAAGAAAAUAGUGAUUGUACUUUAUAUUACUAAGUAAAGGAAUAAUAAUUUAGUCAAAGUUGUAAAUAAUAGUUUUUGUUUAAUUAAGUAGAUAUUGUUACAAUACCACUUAUAUUACAUCAA